GCACAUGAUGGGAGGGAGCCAAUGACUCCGCGCUCGCCGAGGGGGCCCCGAGCGCUCCGCGCAGGAGAACAAAAAAGCCAGCAAGGCGAGGGAGGACGGGCAGGCUCGGCGCCGCGCUCGCCAGCCUCUCCCGCUCAUUCGUCCGGGGAAGCCCCGCCGCCCAGCCCGGCACCCGCGGAAAGCGCCGCCGCCCCGCCGGGCUCGACUCCGCGCGCUGACGGGAACCUCUGCGGCGCCGCUCCGCCCGGCUCGCCGGCUCGCCCCGGGACGGGGAUCGCUGCGUCCGGCCGGGCUAUGCCGGGCUGUGCCGGCCCGCGACCGAGCCCGAGAGGCGGCCUGCCGCUCCCUGGUCAGGUCCGGGCAACUUCGUAAGCGGUCCGGCCGAGGAAGAGCCCGCCGUCGAGGGAGACGAACGGGAGCGCCGACGCCGCUUGGAAGUUGCCGGCCCUCCCGACCGCGGCGCCUCCGGGAAGGAGCGUCUCGGCCGCGGCGCCUCCGUGCGGAGAGAGCCGAGGGGGCGGGCGGUGGCGGCGGCUCCGACCGGCGGGCGCUUUGGCUGCCCCUCCCGCGCCGUCGGCCUGCGGGGCUGCGCUCUAUGCCGUUGCCGCGCUUCCUGAUGCGGCAGCGCGGCUGCCGACCUUGGGCGAUUGGCUGGGCCGGCUGUGCGAGCCCUUGCUCCGGGCGCCGAGGCCGCCGACGCCGCGGCGGUAGCGGCAGCCGCAGCCGCCCUCGCUAGCGCUCCUUCAUGCGGCGCCCAUCCGGGAGGGUCUGACCCGGAGUCAGCGAAGGGCAGCCCGGGCGAAGCGCAUGUUCAGGUCCAAACGGGCAGGGCUUGUGCGGCGACUUUGGAGAAGCCGGGUCCUCCCCGACGGAGGCGGCGGCGGCGGCGGCGGCGGACUGGGAGGAGGACAUGCGGGCGGCGGCAGCAGCCUCGGGAAGACCGAUGAGCCUGGAGGGCGCGAGGGGAGGCGCCCGGUGACCUGCGGAGGCGCCAUCGAGGAGCCGGGCGCUCCGGAGCGGUCCAUGGUGCGCGGAGACGGCGACCUUCUGGAGGAGGCGGGAGAGGCGGCGGCGGCGCAGGAGGCUGAGGGCGGAGGCCCGAAGGAGGCCGGCUGGUGGGCGCAGGAGAGCGCCGGCCAGACGGUGGGCUGCUGCCUCUUCAAGGAGCGGGGCGUGGACGGCGCCUCCUGCAGCGAAGGGCGCUCCGGGCUGUCGCUGCUGGAGCAGGAGCUGAAGGCCGUCGCCUACGCGCUCUUGAAGCGCCUCAAGGAGCGCUCCCUGGACAGCCUGCUGGAGGCCGUAGAGUCCCGCGGAGGGAUGCCCAGCGGCUGCGUCCUGGUCCCCCGGGCCGAGAUGGAGGUGCGGCUCGGCGGUCUGGCGGCCCCGCCGCAGUUGCUCCUGGGCAAACUCUUCCGCUGGCCUGACCUCCAGUGCCCCGCCGAGCUGAAGCCGCUGUGCGAGUGCCGGAGCUUCGGCCUCUCCGACGGGCCCACCGUCUGCUGCAACCCCUACCACUUCAGCCGGCUGUGCGGGCCAGAAUCACCACCCCCUCCUUAUUCCCGGCUGUCUCCAAAGGACGAGCAAAAGCCAUUGAACCUUUCAAAUUCCACAUUGUCCUACACUGAGACGGAGGCUACAAAUUCGCCUAAUGUCAUCACCAGAGACUUUUCUGAGGCCAGCAUGUCGCCUGAUGCCAUGAAGCACAGUCACUGGUGCAGCGUCGCCUACUGGGAGCAUCGGACCCGCGUGGGCCGCCUCUACACAGUGUACGAACAGUCUGUCAGUAUCUUUUAUGACCUACCUCAAGGAAAUGGCUUCUGUCUCGGACAGCUCAGCCUGCAGAACAGAAACGAAACAGUCCAGAAGACUCGGAACAAAAUUGGAUAUGGGAUUUUGCUCAGCAAAGAAGCAGAUGGCGUGUGGGCUUACAACCGAAGUGAACACCCAAUCUUUGUCAAUUCCCCAACCCUGGACAUCCCCAACUGUCGAACCUUAAUCGUGCACAAAGUGAUGCCUGGAUAUUCAAUCAAGGCCUUUGACUAUGAGAAGUCCUGUCUCUUGAAGCAUGUCACUGACUUAGAGUAUCCAGAUGGGCCCUAUGACCCGAAUAGUGUCCGGAUCAGCUUUGCGAAAGGCUGGGGGCCCUGCUACUCCAGGCAGUUUAUCACCUCCUGUCCCUGCUGGCUAGAAAUUUUGCUCAACACAAACAACAGAUAGCUGUUGGAUGCUGAGGAACAAAGCCCGAGGACCCCAAAUAUCAUCUACCUAGAUUUAAUAUAAAGAUAUAUAUAUAUAUAUAUAUGUGUGUGUGUGUGUGUGUGUGUGUGUGUGUAUACACAUACAUAUGUAUACGUAUGUGUGUGUGUGUGUGUGUAUAUAUAUAUAUAUAUAUAUAUAUAUAUAUAUAUAUAUAUAUAUAUGAAAAUAUAUAUAAUACUUGUAACUAUGGAGUCAUUUUUACAGUGUCAUUAUUUAUGUACGGUGCAAUGUGUAUAUGGACAAAAAAAUGGAAAAUGCACUUUGGCUAAAAGUCUUUCAGUACUACAGUUUUUUUUUUAAAAAAAGGAUGGAAAAAAUAUACAGCAAAUAUUGGAGUAUUGCCAGGAUUUUGGCUGUAUAGUUUUUUUAAUAGUAAUAUCCAGGCCAAAAGCUAGUACCAGUUGCUCAUUGAUAAUAAACUAUUUGCAUUUA